ACGUACGUGCACUCUUUGGACGGUGUGUGCGCGCACAGGCACGCGCGCGCGCGUACGAAAAGCCAUUUUAUUAAAUUAUUAUAGUGUAAUAAAAGGACACAUUUUUCAGUACUUUUACUUGCUAUUGGAAAAUGGUAGAAUCAGGUGCAAAAGCUUUCGAUUUCUCGAAAGCGUCAGAAAAAUACGAGCGUUAAAUCCCUUAAAUGUAUAAAUUUGAAAGUAAAAAAGGAAAGAGAGAUGAGAUGUGUAAUGAGCAUGAGGGUGGGGGGAAUUGAGGCAAUUGGCCCGUCGAUUUGACCAACACUUUCUCUCGUACUUUCAAACGCGCGUGUGAAAAAAAUUACAAAUGUAUAAUAAAUGACGUAAUAAAGAAUAUAAUGCAAACUACGAUAAAAAAUGAUGCAUUUUAAAUAAAUAAUAAAUUCGAGAUAGAAGGCGGCGGAUAUUGCACAAUUAUACCGUGAUAAAUUAACGAACAAAGAUUUGCGGCGAAGGUAACUCGAAUCGAAGCGCAGCCACCUUCACGCUCGUACGAAUCUUCGUUUAACGUAGGUGCGGCAACUUUUUCGCACGGCGAAAUCUUUUGGAUCCUGCUGGACACUUUCAUCGCGUUGCACUCCGAGAUUCCUCCGAGGAGCAACGAACCUCGACGAAGACGGAGAAAAUUCCCCGAGAAAUGGCAUUGGGCGAUCCGCCGAGUCGGGAUUCACGAGACGAUUCCGAGCAUCGUCGGAGACAGGCACCGAUGCUGUUAUUCGAGGGAGACGAAAACCCCCGCAAACGGGUUGACAAUUUCAAAACAGCAGCAGCUUCACAAAGCGACCGCGGCAGCAGUUUUCAGUUUCCGUCCAGCAGCUUCACGCCGUACGACGAAUUAUUCGUCGUAAUCUCUCCGGGGGUAAACAAGAGGGCCACCCCCGUCCCUCCGAACGCACCCAUAAAGCCGAGAAGGCUCUUCCCGAAGGCGGGAUUAAAGCCUAAGAAGCUUCACUUCGACAAAAACAAAUCGCAGGAUACAAAUUGCAGCGACGAGCGCGUGGACCGUUCGAUCAAAUCGCGACUGAGAAACAACGCGUCAACCAGAAUAACGAGGUCUUCGUCGCGUGGAAACGAUUCCCAACAGGCAAAUCAGAUUUUGCAACGUGAUGCCAGUAAGGAGAAUAAAGGACGCCUGUCGAAGGACGACGGUCGAACCGUCACGAAAGAACACGCAAAGAGCGCAAGAAGUAUCAGUACAUAUUCAACGAGUGAACACAGUACCCUGCAAGAAUUGGAAAAAUGCUCAUCGGUAUUGUCACAAUAUGACGAUAGUCUGUCUUGGCAAGAAAAGUUGCUGUGGUUGCAACCGCGUAGGGACGUAGGCAUGAAGAUCCAAUGUUGUCGCAAUAGUUGCAAAAAGUGGCGGUACUGCGACGACUAUCACGAUCCAGUCGACGUACCGCGGAUUUGGUACUGCGAGAUGAAUAGUGAUAAAUCCAUCGCUUCCUGCUUCGUGCCGGAAGUGAAAAACUCGGAGGAAUACGAAUACGAUUUGAUCGAAAACAAAUAUAACGCUGGAAGCAUCGUAUGGGCUCGCACAAAUGGAUAUCCAUGGUGGCCGGCUAUGGUAGAUGACUGCCCCGACGCUUUACGAUAUUACGAGUUGAAAACCGAGACGUCUGUGAUUCCUGUAAAGUAUCACGUAAUAUUCUUCAACGAAUCUCCCUUCAAUCUCCGACACGUCUGGCUUACGUGCAGCAAACUUAAACCUUUUAUAAAACACGAGAAGGACAAUCUCGUAAAGAAGACGGUGUUUUGCGGGGUGGAUUACAAAGAGCAAGUGGAGGAAGCUCAUGCUUUGGCACAGAAGGCGAUUCCAUUGUCAAUAUUCCAGAGAUUGCAAAUAUUUAGUUAUGUUUCACGGAUAAAAAGACUGCACAUUCAAGAUACAAUUAAUGAAAUUUGCACUUCUUCAUUGGGCAUCGAUAUCGUGGAUCAAGAUGAGGAUGAUGAAGUAAUUCCUGUGACACCGACGCAACAUGUAACUUUAGAGCAGUUCCAUAGAAGCUUUUCCAUGAAACACUCCACAGAGACCUCGGAGAGCAAAUAAAUCAUAAGAAAA